GUAAAAAGAAAGGUGUAACAACAUCGUGUAUGCGCAGUAGUCAUGUGCAUUUGGACCCAAAUUUCAUUGGCUCGCUCAUCGUGCGCCGCCGCUAUGCGCAAUGAUACACCUUUCUUGCAGUAGCUAUGUGCAUUUGGACCCAAAUUUCAUUGGCUCGCUCAUCGUGCCGCCGCCGCUAUGCGCAAUGAUACACCUUUCUUUUUACAUCAUGGUUGCUACGACAUCGAGGUCGAUUCGGUAGAAAGACGGUUGUAAAGUAGAGACAUUUUGAGAGACUCUAAUCGGGACGGAUAAAUCCAACGACGAACGGUUAUUCCCGAGAUGUCACAGGAGACGGGUCUAUUGCAUUGUUAUAACCGCGGCUGCGGAAAGAAAUUCAAUCCGAGCGACAAUAAGGACGACGAUUGCGUCCACCAUCCGGGAAGCCCGGUGUUUCACGACGUGUACAAGGGAUGGUCCUGUUGCAGUAAGAAGUGUACGGACUUCACAGAGUUCUUGAACAUCAAUGGGUGCACGAGGUCGAAGCAUUCGAACGAGAAGCCACCGGAACCGGAAAAGUCGACGGUCAAUAGAUGCAACAAUAUGGUGCGGAUUGCCACGAGACCUGUGAGCAACAGAGUAUCCCUGAAAAGACCUCCCUUCGAUGCGCCGCAGGUCACGCUGUCGCCGACGAUAUCUUCGGCCUUGCUGGAACAAGUUAAGGGGCUGACGGCUUUAGGGAGCGACAAACCGACAGACGGUGUGGUACAGAUAGGACAAUCUUGUACGAACAAUUCCUGCAAGGGGACUUACGCGGGACCCGACUCUGACGAGGAGACUUGCAAUUAUCACCCUGGUGUGCCUAUCUUUCACGAAGGAAUGAAAUAUUGGUCUUGCUGUCAGAAGAAAACCACGGAGUUCGCCUUGUUUCUGCAACAGCCAGGCUGUAGGCAGGGCAGACACGUAUGGUUCUCCAAGAAUGUGGGAAAGCAGGCUCAAUGUAGGAUGGACUGGCAUCAAACUGGAUCGCACGUAGUUGUUUCUAUAUUUGCAAAAAAAUAUCUGCCCAGUCGGUCUGCCAUAAAAUUAAAUCCCAUCCAUCUGACUGUAGAUUUAUUCUUUGUAGAAGAAGAUUCGAGAUACGAUCUCGAUAUAGAAUUGAGAGGGGUCGUCGACGUCGAGCAAAGUAGCGUACACAUGCUGCCAACCAAAGUAGAAAUUAAAUUGAAGAAGGCCGAGCCCGGCUGCUGGUCCAAGUUGGAGGUUCCCAGGGAAGCAAAGCCAAAAAACUCUAAAAGUAAUGAGAACGAUGUGAAUCUCAAUUCGGAAUUGAAAGACGUGGACCUUAGUGACCUUUAAAUAUUAACUACAAUUUAAUUUUUUAAGAACAUAAUUGAAUCGACGAAGUUGUAAUUGUUUUCUUUUCCCGAAUGAUUUCUUUCAGUUUAAAAGUGACGUUCUAACGGGAGAUUGUGCGCCAUUUUCAGUGAUCCUCAGCGCGAUGGUGAAAACGUGGAAUUGUAUUCAGUUCUCUUAGCCUUAAAUCUGAAAAAUUCAACCUGUGAAUACAUGAAAUUCAUAUUUUUUUAA